UAUACAAAUAGCAAAAUUUAUGUCUUAUAUCAUAAAUAAAAUAUACAAUUUAUAAUAUGUUAUACAAGUUCUCAAAAAUAGACAGGAAAACCUUUGUACAAAUCUUUGUUUGGUAAACAUUCAAUGCGUUCCCGCAAAAAUUAGCAUCACCAUGUAUUUAAUAAUGUCUAGAUGCAGCACUGUAGGCUAUUCUUUGUUCAUUAAUUUUAUUGGUUUAUUAAAAAUAACCUCUGGUUGUAAUUUCAUACGCAUAUUUCGCGUCUAGAACUAUGUAAUUAAUGACAAAGCUUGGUAAACAAAUUGUUCGGCCCCUUUUAAAAUUCGUAAAAUGUGUUAGUAGUUCAAUUUUCAUGAAUACGACGAUUUGUAAUCAAUAUCUAUAUGUACACAUGGAAUAUAAAGAGAGCACAAUCUCGAGCAACAUAAAUAUCAAUUAUUGUACAUUGUCGCCCUACAGUGGAAUUGAUUGAGCGUCAACUAUUGCGUAUAUGAACGUAUAAUUCACUUCCUUAACUGUUUCGUUCGUGUAUGCAUCGUGUAGUGUUCUUAUUUUUGAAACAAUAAUAAACCGGAAAUGGAGGAUAAGAACGCAGUGCUGAUGCCGGGGCAAAUAAUUCGCCCGCCAACUAACAAACAAAUCGCAUUAGAGUUAUUGGAACAGCAUUACGGACUGAAAGCAUCGAGCGUAACCGAGUUAAACGCAUACGACGACAGAAAUUAUCAUGUGAUCUGUCAGGAAUCUCACAGGAAUCCUUACAUAAAGCUCAUAAGCAAGCACGGUUACGUUCUGAAAAUCAUAAAUUCUUUGGAUUCGAGAAAGGGUCACGUGAUCGAGGCACAGACAGAGAUGCUGAUCUAUUUGAAUCAUCGGAACAUUAAUUGUCCUUCACCGAUUAAAACUCUGAAAGGUUCAUAUUAUUCUCUAGUGCAGUUGAACGUCGAUACCAGGACGGAUAGUUACGCCAUUAGACUGCUCGUUUAUCAACCUGGUGAAAUGUUGAAUAAGGUGCCUAUUACUAGCGAAUUGCUACGAAACGUUGGUAAUUUUACAGCCAGGUUGGACAACGUUCUCAUGGGAUUCUCCCAUCCUGCUUAUACCAGCCACAAGACAUUAUGGAUGUUAGCUUCAGUACCAAAAUUGCGGCAAUUCACUUACGCUGUGAAAAACACCCUAGAAAGAGACUUGGCACACGAGGUGAUAUCUGUUUUCGAGGAAGAGGUGCUUCAGGUGACAUCGCAACUUGAACAGGGGAUUAUACACGGCGACCUCAACGAGCAGAAUAUCGUGGUCAGCUCGAACAGCAGAGAGAUAGCCGCCGUGAUAGAUUUCGGGGAUUCACAUAUAACUUGUCUGAUCUUCGAGCUAGCUAUCACGCUAUGUUACAUGAUUCUGCAAGCUGGCGAUGUGAUGAUGGGUAAAUACGUCGUGGAAGGUUAUCAAGAUGUUAGAAAACUAACGAAUCUUGAAAAGGAAAUUCUAAAGAUCACCGUAUGCACCCGGCUUUGCCAGAGUCUGGUCAUGGGUGCUUAUUCCCAUCAUCACGAUCCACAAAAUGAGUAUUUGCUAUACACGCAGAAAUCGGGAUGGUCUUUGUUGAAAAAAUUGUGGUCACUUAGUCAGAAUGAGGUACUUCGAGAUUGGGGAUUGUUGGAUUAAAGAUAAACGUAGAACUUCAAUGUAAUCUGUGGAAUUUUUGUAGCGACUUUAGGUCAAUUAUUAGGUUAAUAUAUAGAAACUUUAGCUGAAUAGGUCAAUUAUUAGGUUGAUGAUGGUGAGAAUUCAAAUUGUCACAUGCGUCAAUCAGUCUAAUGUCAAUGCUAAUACUUAUUGUCAAUUAAUUGCGCUAAUAAAUGUAGAUUUUAUUGUAGUUGUCUGAUGUAAUGUUGAGAAUACCUAAGACAAAUGAAUUGAGGUACUGUGCAGUGAUAUAUCCUCUGGUUUUAUUCGUAUUUUUAGGCAGUUACAUAUUUACAUAGAUAUAAUGAACAAUAAUGCUCUUCAUAUAAUAGUGUGGAGUCACUUUACAUAGCUAGAUCGUGGUAUAUACAAAAAUGCAGGUAUCAAGAAAUCAAUUCGCGGGAAAUUGCGUGUAGGUAAUUGGUAGACGACAUCAAAGAAAUGUAUAUUAGUUGGAUCGAAUAACAAUCAUCAUGGGCUUAAAUGCUAACCAAACACUUAUCGAAAUAUAUAACAUAUAGAAUUUUGUUUACAAAUAUUGCCGUAAGACGAUAUACAUUUCGAUCCUGCAUAAUACAUUCAUACCUGUGUUUAAGGUGGUGAAAGUCAUUUUUAUCCGCGUGUGCUUUCAUAUAACUUACGUAGCUUGUAAUAUAUAUAUAUAUUUCUUUUCUCGAUUUCAAUAAUAUACUAAUUUAUUUAUAUUUCAUUUUCAUUCACGUCAGUUCGUUUUUGGCAAACUGUCUAGCUGUGUUGAGGCAAAUUCGUUGAUAGCGAAAAUCUGUUCACAGUACCUUGUUAAAAUAAACGUGAAAAGGAAUGAUUAAUAUUUUAUAUAUUACGUAAGAAAUCGAUCGUAUUUUCUUGAAACAUUUUUACACGAUACACGUAAAAUUAUAGUUGACGAAUCAAAUAAUCUCGAUUGGUUAGAAAUUAAAUACCGAUCGCAUGAUCAGAGGCACAACAAAUGAAUUUUCUUGAGCCAUUUCGAUUAACAAUGGCAGCGUCGUGUUAACGAAUUUUCGCCAGAGGUUAUUAACAAAAUAGUAUAUUACAAUACUUAUAUACUUUAUUGCUUAGAAUCUAUUGGCUUACGUUCGCCCGACGAGGCGCUUAUAGGCGCAUAAUAAUUCAUUUAUAACUUACAUGUUGUUAGUAACUUUUAUACUUUUAUCAUUUGUUAACUAAACAUCUUUCCGUUAAUAAUUUAUUAUAUCGCGUAUCGUCGAACAUAAAACAGGUAACACGUCGCAAUAAAUACAAAUAUAUACUCCUGUGAAAACGUAACAGAACGUGUGUAACAUACGAAACGGUACAGGUGGAAUGUUUGUGAAAACUCUUUAGGACGUAACAAGAAUUGGGAGUGCGAUCAGAAACGACGAAUCUUACAUACGAAAGAGAAAUUAAUGUAAUGUUUCAGUCUUCGAUAAAUGAUCUUGCACGUUUUUCGAAAAUCAACUGAGAGAGUUUGAAAGUGUGUCGUUCACAAGGGAUGUACGUAAAAAAAUAAAGCCUCGAGAAUGAAUUUUUUGUGCCGCCUUUGAACAGUGUGAUCGACAUGUACUGUUCCGUUCAUCUCUUUCUCUCUAUUCGUAACAUUUCCAUCUAAAAUUUGAACAGCUUUAAUGCUCAUCUUUCGAAACACCAACGUUUACAUACGCCGCGUACAUCCUUUCAGGAUACCAUUAAUUAAGUUGUUGCCAUUCAAAUGAUCGAUUUAUUAAUACUGUAUUUUAUUCAUUAAUUCAUUUUUCGUAAAUAUUCGUUAUCCAAUGACUUGAUUGAAGUAGAAAGUUAUGAACAGUUUCAUGGUGUCAUUUUUAUUAAAUUUUAAGCUUCAAAAGCUUAGUAAAAUAAGUGGUGUUCUGCAAUGUUUUCAUAAAGGUACAUAGUUUGAAAAUCGCUCAUUCGACAUGCAACAACCGAAACCUUUUCCUAUUUCAUUUUCAUUGAACUUCAACAAUAUAAUUUCUCAACUUUUUUGGACGAAUGCCGGGAUAUUCCCUCGUUCUCUUCCAUGGGGUGUGAGCGUGCGCAAUUAGGAGCUGUGCCAAACUACACUUUUACACACGUUCGAAAAUUAUAGCUUUAAUUAGCACACAAUUAGGAAUCGGAUUCUUUAUUGGGUCAAGGAGAAUCCGGAUGCGAACACGUUUGUUCGAGGGCACAAAGACAGAAUCGGGAAACAAUUACCAGCUGAAGUAAUUUGGUCGAUAUAGUUUCUUCAAUACAUUUUCUUUACAUUGUCUUCUGUUAUAGAGCACCUGAACGUGUUCGAAGGCUCCGACGCUCCAUGCGAGAUUUAUCUCGGUCUUCUUUAUUUGCUGUUAUAUUAUAUCAACAGACAAGCGUAUCAGCGAGCAUUUCAACAAACAUUGCGAAGGUAACCUUCGAUCCGUUACUUUUUGCACGCACUUCGUAUCAAUUUCUACCUAACUUCUUUCAUUUCUGUUUAUCAACAAUUUC